AAGUCACAGCUGAGCUGAAGUACUUACUGGCACCCAGAUAGAGGCAGAAUAUUUACUUUUAAAAACGCAACUUGCGUAAUUAGAUCGAGAAGCUGCCUGAGUAAUAACGAAUUUGACCCGGAGUCGUUAAGGCUGUGCAGGGUGAAAGUCGGGGGAGACGGACAGGGGGGAGAGAGAGAGAAAAAAAAAAACAAAGAUGGCUGUGUAGCCAGAGAGACGAGUCCCAGCAGAAGUGUCUGUAGCCGCGGCUGUAAUAUCACCGACACGUCCCGGAUAGUCAGCCGGUAACCGGAGCAGGGACGGUAGACGAGCAGCCGUAAACUGGGCCGCCGCCGGUGCACAUCGAUGUAAUCUGCUGUCACUGCGAAUAACGGCGUCGAGAGCACAACAACAACAGCUGAGAGACGCCUGAGUUGUUUUUGUUCUGCCUGCAGAGAGGACGGCUGUGUUUCUGUCAACGUAGCUAGCCGCACAGUCUGCUAGCGUCACUACAGCCCUGUCGCCAUGGCUUCACUGGAAGAGAGAGACGUGGGCGUUGCGGCCGCCCCUGGCUCCUCCUCGGCCGGCCUGGGGGUCGGGGCCGUGGGGGCAGCGGCGGAGGCUGUCGCCGGGGUCGCAGCCAUGCAGGAGGAGGUCGGGAUACGGCGAGAAGGGCCCGAGCCUGACCCAGACGAGCCGCCCAAGAAGAGGGUGAAAGUCCCCGAGGGAGAGUCAGGAAAGCUGGAGGAGAGACUGUACUCAGUGCUGUGCUGCACCGUGUGCCUAGACUUGCCCAAGGCGUCUGUGUAUCAGUGUACCAAUGGGCACCUGAUGUGUGCAGGCUGUUUUAUCCACCUCCUGGCUGAUUCUCGUCUCAAGGAGGAACAGGCCACAUGUCCCAACUGCAGGUGUGAGAUCAGCAAGAACCUGUGCUGCAGGAACCUUGCAGUGGAGAAGGCUGUCAGUGAGCUGCCGACAGAAUGCACCUUCUGCCUAAAACAGUUCCCCCGCUCUAGCUUAGAGAGACACCAGAAAGAGGAGUGCCAAGACAGGGUGACACAGUGUAAGUACAAGAGGAUUGGUUGCCCUUGGCAGGGUCCGUUCCAUGAGCUGCCAGCACAUGAGAGCGAGUGCUCCCAUCCUACCAAGACUGGUACAGAGUUGAUGGGAAUCCUGGGAGAGAUGGACCAGAGCCACCGCAGAGACAUGCAGCUCUACAACAGCAUCUUUAGCCUGCUCUGCUACGAGAAGAUCGGGUUUACAGAGGUGCAGUUCAGGCCGUACCGCACUGAUGACUUCAUCACCCGUCUGUACUAUGAAACGCCACGCUUCACUGUUCUCAACCAGACAUGGGUGCUGAAGGCCCGUGUUAACGACUCUGAGCGCAACCCCAACCUGUCCUGCAAGCGCACCCUCUCCUUCCAGCUCAUCCUCAAGAGCAAGGUGAACUCUGCCCUGGAGUGCUCCUUCCUGUUGUUGAAGGGGCCGUACGAUGACGUCCGCAUCAAGCCGGUCAUCCACCACCACUCCUUCAGCAACGACGCCAACGAGACAGACUACGUCCCUCUGCCCAUCUCCGACUCAGUGGAGUGCAACAAACUGCUGGCCGCCAAAAACAUCAACCUGCGCCUGUUCAUCUUCCAAGUCCAAAAAUAAAGAAUGAGGGAAGGGAAGGAGGAAGAUGCGGAAAGGACGACAACAAAGAAGAAGAAGAAGAAGAGUGGAAGGGUGAUGGAAGGCGAGGGGCAGAAAGAGGAGGAGUGAUGAAGAUUAAAGAGAGACACCACUGAACCACUGAUACCUCUUAACACCUACACACACACACAUAUACAUACUCACACAUUCACGCAGGGUACAUUUCCUACACACGCUUCCACACACAUACACACACACACACACACACAUACAUAUACACACACCACUAAUUACACUUACCUCCUUUUACAAGAUAGUGAGACCCCUUGCUCGGGGAGCUGUGAGUUGCUAUGGAGAUGGGUGGGCAUUGAUAUGGAAUGAAGGGGUGGGGUGAAACCUGCAAA